CUGCGAGGCAGUGCCGGCGGCUGCGUCUUUCUCCGCCCUGCUGCUUCCUGCCGCGGCUGUUGUGGUUCCGGGCCGGCCGCAGCAUGGAGCAGCCGGCUACUGAGGCUGAUGCUGAGAUGCAGACGGGACACGACCCGCAGCUAGCGGCCACCAUGGGCUUCUCGGGCUUCGGGAAGAAGGCUCGGACUUUCGAUCUCGAAGCCAUGUUUGAGCAGACGAGGAGAACUGCCGUGGAAAGGAGCAGGAAGGUCUUGGAGGCUCGUGAAAGAGAGCAGGAGGAACAGGCUGAAAAAGAAUUUAAAAGUUCAUGUGCUGAUCCAUCAGCUUCAGUCUCAAGUGCAACGGGAUCUGGGUCCACAUUAAAGCCAAGAGACACAACUGGUAGUGAAAGUGAAGACAGUUCAGAUGAAGAGUUAACUGGUCCUUCCACAGUACUCCAGGCUUCUGUUCAAAGUUCUGCUGGGGAUGAUGAUGAUGAAGAAUUCAUUGGUCCACCACUUCCACCAGGGUUCAAGGACAGUGAUGAUGAUGAUACAGAAGACGAAGAUAAUAACCCUAUUAAGAAAAUUCCAGAUUCUCAUGAAAUUACACUCCAACAUGGGACAAAAACAGUUUCUGCUUUGGGAUUGGAUCCCUCUGGUGCCCGUUUGAUAACUGGUGGAUAUGACUACGAUGUUAAAUUUUGGGAUUUUGCUGGAAUGGAUGCUUCUCUCCAAGCUUUUCGGUCACUCCAGCCUUGUGAAUGUCACCAAAUAAAGUCUUUACAGUAUAGUAGCACAGGAGAUGUCAUUCUAGUUGUCUCUGGUAACUCUCAGGCAAAAGUUCUUGACAGAGAUGGUUUCCCAGUAAUGGAAUGCAUAAAAGGAGACCAAUAUAUCGUGGAUAUGACAAACACCAAGGGUCAUACAGCAAUGCUUAAUUCAGGCUGUUGGCAUCCAAAAAUAAAGGAAGAGUUUUUGACAUGUUCUAAUGAUGGAACUGUGAGAACAUGGGAUAUUAACAAUGAGAAGAAGCACAAAAGUGUAUUUAAACCACGAUCAGCUCAAGGCAAACGUGUCAUUCCUACAACUUGCACAUACAGCAGAGAUGGUAAACUUAUUGCAGCUGGUUGUCAAGAUGGCUCCAUCCAGAUCUGGGAUAGGAAUAUGAGUGUACAUACAAAGUUCCACUGCAGGCAAGCCCAUGCUACAGGCACUGAUACUUCCUGCUUGACAUUCUCUUAUGAUGGUACUGCCCUUGCCAGCCGAGGAGGAGAUGAUACUUUAAAGAUGUGGGAUAUUAGACAAUUUAAAAAGCCUCUUCAUUCAGCUGAAAGACUGCCUAGCUUUUUUCCAAUGACAGAUUGCUGUUUCAGCCCGGAUGAUAAAAUACUUGUCACAGGGACCUCUGUUAAGAAAGGUGGUGGCAGUGGGAAUCUUUUCUUCUUUGAUCGGGGGACGUUUCAGAAGUUGUAUGAGAUAGAAGUUACUGAUGCGAGUGUUGUGCGUUGCCUUUGGCAUCCAAAGCUGAACCAGAUCAUGGUUGGUACAGGCAAUGGACUGGCUAAAGUAUACUAUGAUCCUGUUAAAAGCCAGAGGGGAGCAAAAUUAUGUGUGGUCAAAACAAAAAGGAAAGAGAGACAAGCAGAGACUCUUACACAGGAUUACAUUAUAACACCUCAUGCACUUCCAAUGUUCCGUGAACCACGACAGCGAAGCACCAGAAAGCAGCUGGAGAAGGAUAGGCUGGACCCUAUGAAAUCUCACAAGCCAGAACCUCCAGUAGCAGGACCAGGCCGUGGUGGCCGUGUUGGAACUCAUGGAGGUACCCUGUCGUCGUACAUAGUCAAGAAUAUUGCACUGGAUAAGACAGAUGAUAGCAAUCCUCGGGAGGCUAUUUUACGUCAUGCAAAGGAAGCGGAGGAGAAUCCAUACUGGGUUGCUCCAGCAUAUGCUAAAACACAGCCAAAAACAGUUUUUGCAGAAAUGGAACCAGAAGAUGAUGAAACAGACAAGCCAGAAUGGAAAAAACGUAAAAUUUGAGGAAAUCGGUGUAAAGAAUAAUGAAGAAGCAUUUGAAAUAAACUGUAGCAUUUAUUUCUUUGUUUUGUGUAGUGGAUCAAAAUUUGAAAGCAUAAAUUACACUUUCAUAAGUCUUGCUGCAGUGUGAAAGGAAUUGUAUUAUAAUGGAUUAUCGUAUCACAUCUGAAUUCUGUAAUAAAGAACGAAGUGUAUGGUGCAAAGGAAACUUGCACUGUAGUGACUUCCUUACUUUGCCAAGUGCUUUUUUUUUAUUGCAAACUUUACUAAUGCUGUCACAACAGUGUUCAAUGAUUUUAAAUAUAUGAAUAAAAUGUACUUUUUAUUUUUACUAGUAAAGUCUAAUGUUUCCACAAAUAAACCAAACUUACAUUUUUGUUUCUCAUUUUUCACAUUUAUUAAUGUGAAAUAGUCCACUAGAAAACGUUUCUAGUGUUUAUUCUUACAUAAAUUGCCUUCGUUACGUUUGUGUAGUGUCCCACAAUAGUGCUUUGUAUGGCCUUCAUUUUUCAAAAAUGUGAAAUAGGAAUAGACAACCAUAUGUUAUGCUUCAAUAAAAACACUGUAAGUUU